GUUGAGAGUUGCAUUUGUUCUUUAAGAAUAUAAUUUAUUUCUGAAAAUGUCGCUUAAAAGGAAAUUGACGCAAGACGAUUUACGCAAAGCUAUGAGUGAACAUAAAAAGAAGAUAGGAGCUGUCAAAAAAAUUGAAUCGCCGCUAGCAAAAUAUACAGAUGCAGGACAGCUUAUGUGUGUUUUAUGCAAAGCCAUUAUACGCAGUGAAACAGUUUGGCCAGUGCAUUUAAAUUCAAAGACUCAUAAAGAAAACAUUGCCUUGGCAAAAAAGACAAAACUAGAAACAGAUCCUACGAAAGUUCAAACUUUUAAAAGGCCUAUGUCUCCUUCACAAGAAUCAUCAACGAAUAAAAAAAUAAAGGGUAUAUUAAAAAAUUCCAGUGCACAAUCAGCACAAGUUUCAUCAAGUUUACCAGCCGACUUUUUUGAUAAUCCUAAACAAGUCAAUGGCACAAUCUCGUCAAGUACACCUAUGGCAACACAGUGGUCAGAGGAUAAUAAAGAACCUGUACAUGAAAAAGAUCUGAAAAAUAUAGAAGUAGAGGAGGAAAAAGAAAAAGAUAAAAGCAAAGAUAUAAAUCAACCACUUCUUCCAGAAGGAUUUUUUGACGAUCCAGUCUUGGAUGCUAAAGUUCGUAACGUUGAAUAUAAAAAUCCUAUUGAAGAGGAAUGGGAAAAGUUUCAAAAAGAAAUUAAAGAGGAAACGGCACAAUCUGCACAAAUCAUUGCAGAUGAUCAAGAAGAAGCAACAACAGAAAGGCAAUUAGAUGAAAUAGAAGAACAAAUAAGGCACUGGUCUAGGGUAAUGGAUCUUGUAAAACGUAAAGAACAAGUACAGGCCACUGACAGAAAACAAAAAAACGCAGACGAAGAUAUUUCCAGUGGUGACGAAACCGAAUUCGAUGAGUUUCUCGACUGGAGGGCCAAAAAUUCUUAUAAAUGAAACUAAUUUCAAUUGUUGUACAGUAUUUGUGAUCUUGUAAAUAUUUAAAAGUACGUUUAAAGUUAUUCUAUAUCCAGAAAGUUGUAUUAAAUGAAUUUCUGGGCAUUGUAUAAAAAAAAACGAAAUUUUUCACUCCUGUUUAAAAAUAAAGUACAAAUAAACAGUUUGUACAGUGUA